AUGGAGCUGCAGAUGUCAGCCAGGGAGCACUGGAAACCCAGGAGCCUCAUCUGUGUACAUUAUGGACCUGAUGGUAAUUUUGAGUACAUGAAGUAUCUCUUUGUGGAAGAAAAUGAGAUUCUGAAGCCUUGCCUUCAUGUAGUGCCAUCCCAAGUGAAGAUAGGUAUUGUAAGUCCCAGCAAUUGCCAACAAGAUAAAGUGAUUGAAAUGGAGUUGAACAUCAUGGCCAGCCGUUUGGAAGAAAACAUCCUUGAAAAGGAUUUCAGGAUCUUAACAUCUCUAGCCUCUGGUGGAUUUGGGGAGGUGAAGCUUGCCUGCCACCUUCCUACACAUACACAGGUGGCUGUCAAGGUCCUGGAGAAGGAAAAGAAUUCCCUGGAUCGCAUCAACACUGAAGUAGAGAUACUUCAAUCUGUGGAACACAGAAACAUAGUUCAUUUCUUUCAUGUUAUUAACACAAGUACAAUAACUUACCUAAUCAUGGAAUAUGUUCCAGGAAAGGAUCUGUUUGUGUUCCUCGGGGAGAGGCAUUUUCUAGUGGAGGAUGAGGUUAGACCAAUAUUCCAACAGGUCGUUUCAGGGGUUCAUUUUCUCCACCAUAAACAAAUUGCCCAUCGUGAUAUUAAAUUGGAAAAUAUCCUUAUUGACGAAGCUGGCAAUGUCAAGCUUUGUGACUUUGGUAUGGCCAGACAGCUGGCAGAGGGGCAGAUGUUGGAGGGAGUCUGUGGCUCCUUGCUCUAUUUGGCUCCAGAGAUUUUGGCAAGGAAACCCUAUGAUGGAUUGGCAGUAGAUAUGUGGAGCUUGGGAGUCCUCCUAUAUGUACUGGUCACAGGACAAUUUCCAUAUGACGAAACCACCUUUGAAGGUAUGUACAGGGUCAUCACCACCACAAAGUAUCCCAUUCCCUACCACUUGUCAAAACCCUGCAUCAUUCUCAUUGAACAAUUACUCAAGGUCCCCAACCAGCACAGAAUAACAAUAUGUCAGCUCCAGGAAAGACCAUGGCUGGGCAACAUCAAAGAACAUGCAGCACCUGCAACUUUGGAAAUCCUUCUGAAGGUCAUGGAGACCAUGUGCACCAUGGGCUACACCCCUGAGGAGAUUGUAUCAUCUCUGAAACACAAGCAACCAAAUAAAUUAACGGCAACCUUCAAUAUCCUCAAAUACAAACUGAGCUGUGGGAACAGCCAUCAGCAGAAUCAGGAUCCCUGCUUAAAUGGCAACCCUGUAGGUGCUCUUCGGCCCCUUCUCCCCUUGAAGAGAAGAGCCAGUGAACCUGCCUUUCCAACAAGUAUUGUAAGUCCCAGCAAUUGCCAACAAGAUAAAGUGAUUGAAAUGGAGUUGAACAUCAUGGCCAGCCGUUUGGAAGAAAACAUCCUUGAAAAGGAUUUCAGGAUCUUAACAUCUCUAGCCUCUGGUGGAUUUGGGGAGGUGAAGCUUGCCUGCCACCUUCCUACACAUACACAGGUGGCUGUCAAGGUCCUGGAGAAGGAAAAGAAUUCCCUGGAUCGCAUCAACACUGAAGUAGAGAUACUUCAAUCUGUGGAACACAGAAACAUAGUUCAUUUCUUUCAUGUUAUUAACACAAGUACAAUAACUUACCUAAUCAUGGAAUAUGUUCCAGGAAAGGAUCUGUUUGUGUUCCUCGGGGAGAGGCAUUUUCUAGUGGAGGAUGAGGUUAGACCAAUAUUCCAACAGGUCGUUUCAGGGGUUCAUUUUCUCCACCAUAAACAAAUUGCCCAUCGUGAUAUUAAAUUGGAAAAUAUCCUUAUUGACGAAGCUGGCAAUGUCAAGCUUUGUGACUUUGGUAUGGCCAGACAGCUGGCAGAGGGGCAGAUGUUGGAGGGAGUCUGUGGCUCCUUGCUCUAUUUGGCUCCAGAGAUUUUGGCAAGGAAACCCUAUGAUGGAUUGGCAGUAGAUAUGUGGAGCUUGGGAGUCCUCCUAUAUGUACUGGUCACAGGACAAUUUCCAUAUGACGAAACCACCUUUGAAGGUAUGUACAGGGUCAUCACCACCACAAAGUAUCCCAUUCCCUACCACUUGUCAAAACCCUGCAUCAUUCUCAUUGAACAAUUACUCAAGGUCCCCAACCAGCACAGAAUAACAAUAUGUCAGCUCCAGGAAAGACCAUGGCUGGGCAACAUCAAAGAACAUGCAGCACCUGCAACUUUGGAAAUCCUUCUGAAGGUCAUGGAGACCAUGUGCACCAUGGGCUACACCCCUGAGGAGAUUGUAUCAUCUCUGAAACACAAGCAACCAAAUAAAUUAACGGCAACCUUCAAUAUCCUCAAAUACAAACUGAGCUGUGGGAACAGCCAUCAGCAGAAUCAGGAUCCCUGCUUAAAUGGCAACCCUGUAGGUGCUCUUUGGCCCCUUCUCCCCUUGAAGAGAAGAGCCAGUGAACCUGCCUUUCCAACAAGUAUGGGAGAUGGGAAGAGACGCAAGAUACACCAUGCUCAAUAG